UGCUAGCGCGAUCGGUUUUCGUUGCUCAAUAUGGGUAAUGUGAUUUGUUAUGAUAGUCACUAACUAGCCUGAUUAUAUUAUUAGUCUACGCGAAGAUCUUACUUUUGCUUUUUUUCCCCCUCUAGAAAUUAAAACAGGUUUUCCCUCCGCUUUAGCUGCGUAAUAAAGCGCAAAACAUCCAAUCAUAUUCUAACGUAGACGUGCCUGCCAAAUUUCUUUGCAUCGGGUUACGCACUCAUAGUCAUAGGCUAUGCAUGUACUCAUUCUGUCCUAGACUAUAGUUUGUUGCUUUGGUAUUUAUGUCGGUGCGUUAUUUUUGAGUAGAUUCGUAGAAAACUUUAAUAAUACUUAUCACUCCAAAUAAGUCUAUAUCAUAGUAUCUGUCUUGUAUAUAUCUGAUCAAAAUAGCAAACGAUUGAUUUCUCAAAAACAAUUGACUAUUUUGGCACGGAGGAGUGUAUUGUAAUCUAUGGUGUCCCAUAAAUAUCACAUAAAUGUUAUGUGUAUAGUGUACUCCCUCCGUCCUAAGGGCACGUGCAAUCCUAAGACUAAGUAUCGGUUUUCUAAGCAUAAGACAUAGCUAGAGAUAUGUAUAAUCUAUGUUACGGUUCUCCGAGCGCUAGAUAUAUCUAAGAAAUUCAUUCAUAUAAAUGUAUUUAAGCAUUAUAUUUUAUUCACUAGAACCCCUCAAGGAACAACUUAUUUAUGUGGUUGUAACUGUAUUUUAGACAUAGAGAACCAUGUUAGAGAUGUUCCUUCACCAAAAUAAGUAUCUUGUGUUUUUCUGUACUUACCUCUCUAGAUACCCCUUUGUACAUAUAUACCCUAAGACUAUCUCUAGCAGCUUACUCAUCCUCAUACGCAUAUUCAAACUCUACUCUGCGAACAGUACAGAACAUUGCAAAAACAGUGUUUUGGGUAAACUGCUAAACACGGUCUAAAAGGCUCUAUCCACACAACACAAUGUAUCUAAAUCAUAAUUGUAUUAGCUCUAAUGAUAGCUCAAAAGAUAGGUAUUAACUUGGGUUGUACACAAGCUAAACUUUUUAUGCAUGAAAAUUUUUGCGUGCGAGAUGGGCACUUCAUGAUGAGUCUGUCUGUUGAGUUUUUUUUUCACUUAAGUCAUAUUCCUAGUCAAAGUAUCAUACUACAAUACCCAAAAAUGCCACAUAUGAUGAAAAGUAUGAUACGGCUAGAAAGAUACACUCUCCACAAUGUAUAGUAUCAUAAUUAUAUGUUUAAACUAGUCCAUUGAUAUGAUGUUGUGUCUAUGACAAUGAACCCAAACAUUAAUUUUUAUGGCACAAACUAAGACACCGUGCCAAAGCAGUAUCUUGUCUAUGAUACAACUUUUUUUUCUCCCUUCUAUUAAAUGUCUUACCACAUUUGCAAAAAAAACUAUGUGGCAUCUAAUUAAUAAUGAGCAUGAUAGAGAUAGCCUUUACUCUUGUAGACUCCUCAAAAGACCUUCUAAUUAAUGAGUUUGUACAUGUCCCAAUAUAUAACACUAUUUGCAAUGCAGAAACUGCAUUAAUUUCUAUGAUCAUUUAUUGCCCUGCCACAUCGCUAACGUACAACGAAAAGUAAGAAAAGAGAAGAAGACUGUUUGUUACGGCAACGACUACUAUGCAAGCAGUUCUUCUGUACAAGCGUGAAAGCAAACCAUCUUAUCCAUUAGAUCAUGAUCCAACCACAGAUACAGUCAUGAUUUGUUAGGGGUUUUUUAUAAAGAUUAUUGAGCUGAUGGUGGAAGUGUUUAAGUGUUAAAUGUGAUAUACGGUUGGAUCACGAUAUAAUGGAUCAGAUGGUUUGCUUGCACAAAAGGGCUGCUUGCAUAGCGGUCGUUACCGUUUGUUACUACGUUUAGAAACCAAAUUAACCAGGUGUGCGUGCGUGCAAAACAAGGGAGCUUCCUUGUUCCUAUAUGCCGGGCCUUGCGCAGGUCGACCGCGCGCCCAACCUCAAGCCGUCGCGUGCAGAGCUCGCCACACCAGCUGUGUGGUGGAGGAAGAAAGCGUGAGCAGAGGCAGAGGAUCGGAGACAGGACGACUGGAUGGACCUAAGGUGCAGCCGUGCAGGAGGAAACACUCGCACUGUUUGUGCAUUGGGAGUGCAUUUCACAUCCCCCCAGCAGCCCAUCGACAUGGAUCCCACAACAGCCUGCAGGUCUCCCAAUUCUGAUUGCUUCGGCAGGCCAAUCGCUAGCGCACCGGACUCAUGGUUCGAUGUGGUGGAGCGUACCUCAGACGACAACAACAAGACAUUGCAGCGCACCUCAAAGACCACUAGAUGCCUGAACCUGACGUCCUACAACUACCUCGGGUUCGCCGCGGCCGAUGAGUACUGCGUCCCACGCGUUGUCGACUCCCUCAAGAAAUACUCGGCGAGCACCUGCAGUGCUCGAGUUGAUGGCGGCACGACCAAGCUUCACACCGAGCUGGAGGAGCUGGUUGCGCGUUUUGUCGGGAAGCCUGCUGCUGUCGUCUUCGGCAUGGGUUACGUUACAAACUCUGCCACCAUUCCCUGCCUAAUCGGAAAGGGUGGGCUGAUUAUCAGUGACUCACUGAACCACAACUCGAUCGUCAAUGGCGCAAGAGGAUCCGAUGCGACUGUCAGGGUUUUCCGGCACAACUGCCCUGCCCAUCUGGAGAAGGUCCUGAGAGAGCAGGUAGCUGGUGGCCAGCCGCGGACGCACAGAGCGUGGAAGAAGAUCGUCGUCGUCGUCGAGGGGAUCUACAGCAUGGAAGGGGAGCUGUGCAAACUCCCCGAGAUCAUAGCCGUCUGCAAGAAGUACAAGGCCUACACGUACCUGGACGAGGCUCACAGCAUCGGCGCCGUCGGACGGUCGGGCCGCGGCGUCUGCGAGCUCCUCGGCGUCGACCCGGCCGACGUCGACGUAAUGAUGGGCACUUUCACCAAGUCUUUCGGAUCAUGCGGUGGAUAUAUCGCUGCAUCCGAGGAGAUAGUCCAGCACUUGAAGCACACCUGUCCGGGCCAUCUGUACGCUACCUCCAUGUCGCCGCCUGCAGUGCAGCAGGUCAUCUCGGCUAUUAGAGUUGUCCUUGGGGAGGAUGGCUCCAGCAGAGGUGCCCAGAAACUGGCGCGCAUCCGUGAGAACAGCAACUUCUUCAGGUCAGAGCUCAAGAAGAUGGGCUUUGAGGUUCUUGGUGACAACGACUCUCCUGUCAUGCCCAUAAUGCUCUACAAUCCGGCCAAGAUUCCUGCGUUUUCUCGGGAGUGCUUUAGACAAAAGGUUGCCGUUAUCACUGUGGCGUUUCCUGUGACUCCUCUCCUUCUCGCAAGAGCACGUUUCUGCAUUUCAGCUUCGCACACUAGGGAGGACCUGACGAAAGCCCUCGAUGUUAUCAGCAGAGUUGGUGACCUCGUGGGCAUCAAGUACUUCCCUGCACAACGACCAAAGAUUGCUGAAGCUGGUCACGGCAAUUGAGGCGGUAGAGAGGAAUGAGCCCUGAAAUUACCCCAUGAGUGGCUGAAGUUGUUAAGAGUCCUUUUAAAAGUUAUCAAAUAAAUAGAUUAUCAUGGAAACAAGCACGCGCGCAUUGAUCAGUUUCGUCGGGAUUCUGUCGUAUUAGCUGUGUUGAGCCUGCUUUUGAGCCGGCGGACGGUUCGGCACUGAGGCCGGACGGUCCGCGGUCCGGACAGUUCGCGCCUGUGGGCCGGACGGUCCGCGCAUGCGCAGAGCAGUUUAGGGUUCCGAGUUUUGUGCUACGAUUGUUAGCUAUAUUCGCGGGAUUAGCUCGGAAUCAGUUGUGUAAAGAGUUCAGGCUCCCUCCUCUAUAAAUAGAGAGGUCUACGGCCGAUUUGUAAGGAACAAUCGAAUCAAUACAACUUCUAUUUCGCA